CAGCGUUUUCCUCUUCCCUUGCUGUGCAUACACCAAAGCAUCUUUGGCGAUCAUCUCCACAAACAACUCCUGCAGGACAAACAGGAUUGUUAAGACCACUGUUGAAUCUGUGGAUUGUCUAAUGAAGAUCUGCUCACAUGUUCAGUCACAGCCAGGUGUUACAGGAUGAGGGGCAGUAUGAAGGACUCACAGCAUGCAGCCAUCAAGACAAAGCUGUGGCCCAAGCAGAAAGUCAAUAACAAAGCCAAAGAUGAGUCACAGAAGGCGGAAAAGACCCCCAAGCCGCCGAUGUCCGCUUUUGCUGCCGCUGCGAGAAGAGCCAUCCCGCAGGUGAGCGAGGCCGAGAGGGUGCGGCAGACGCCCUUCGACAGGGUGGUCUACGACCUGGCACACAACGAGAGGAUGGUCAACGAGCUCAUUCUCGGGCGCAGGGUUGGAUUCUACGAGCUGCGCGGGGAGAUCGGGCAGGGGAACUUCUCCUCAGUCAGACUGGGCAUCCAUGCUUUGACCAAAGAAAGAGUGGCAGUGAAGGUCGUGGACAAGCAGCGUCUGGAUAAGGGAGGCCAGCCGAUCACCUCCUCCGAGAUCCGCUGCAUGGAAAAGCUGUGCCACCCCAACGUGGUGCGUCUGUACGAGGUGAUGGAGACCAGCAGGAAGAUCUACCUGGCGAUGGAGUACGGCAGCGGCGGCGACCUGUUCUCUCGUAUCACCACCAGGGGCAAGCUAGGCGACUUGGAGGCCAAACUGAUCUUUGCUCAAGUGGUCUCUGCGGUGAAACACAUGCACGACAACAACAUCGUCCACAGAGACCUGAAAGCGGAGAACAUCUUCUACACCACCAGCUACUGCAUCAAGGUGGGUGACUUCGGCUUCAGCACCGAAAGCGCACCCCACGAGUUGCUCAGCAAUUUCUGCGGCUCCCCGCCGUACGCCGCGCCCGAACUUUUCCGAGACAAAGGCUACAUGGGCUGCUGCUCGGACAUCUGGGCUCUAGGUAUUCUUCUCUACUUCACCGUGACCGCCACCUUGCCUUUUUUCGGGGACAAUUUGGGGCGGCUGAAGCGUUGCAUCCUUCAAGGGGCCUACAGCAUCCCGCCGUACGUGCCUGACCAGUGCCAGAUGCUCAUCAAAGGUAUGCUGCGUCCGGUACCAGUGGACCGCUCCUCGCUUACCCAAAUAGCAGACAGCGCUUGGCUCAGGGGGACCGAGGGCCCUCGUCCUUUUGGCUCCCUGCCUCUGUCGCCGCCCCACUUUGCUCAGGCCGCGCCGACUCUAAGCGAGGAAGAGGAGGAGGUGAAAACGCUAUUGUCCGAUCUGGGAAUUGCGGCGCUUCACCUGCAGAACAACCCCUGUUCGGACUCCAAGAGCCCUCUGACCGGCACCUACCGCAUCCUCCUGCACCGGGUGCAGAAGAGGAGGUUGCCGGAGGCCGUCGGCUACGAGGCGCUGCGCCCAGACGACUGUAAGAGUAAGUGGUGCGCAGCGUCUGUGGACAAACACGACCCUUCCGCCGUCUGUCUUAUACUCUGACACCGUGGAAGACCGUCGAAGUUAUGCAAGACUCGGGUGGAGAAGACGGGCCAGGAAGGGGAGGGGCGUCCUUCAUCUCACACUUUAAAGACGUUUCUCCUGAAGUAAUGAGCCGUGACUCGCUCCGUGCCAGCAAUGCUCAGGAUUCAUCAGUCACCGCGCUGAAAUCCCUCGCAGACGCGGCGUAUAAAUCUGCACGGCUAAGCCGACGAGGCCACAGGUAAUCCCAGCAGGG